AUGGCGGAGAUAUAUGCAUCAACAGCAACAGCGCCCUUUUUCAGAAAGGGCCAAGUACAAUAUCUAAAUUCUGAAGAUGAUGAAGACGAAGACGACGAGCCGUUUCAAGAAACCACAGCUGCUUCCAUUAAUGAAAUUCUGAAGAAAGUUCGGAUUCCGCAACUCUCUGGUCAUGAACAGAUUCAACUUAUGGACAUGAUUGAGUGCGCGGCAUUCGUUGAGAAGCACCGCCGGUCUAUGGACGAGAACGGUGCACGUUUCAUGCUUUUCUUCCGCCAGCACGCACUUCGCAAGGGACGAACUAGCGAAAUCCAGUUGUCCUGGAGAGAAAUAAACUGGGCGUACCACUCUACUACCCAAGAUAUCCUUGUCGACUUUGUUACACGACAGACACAUGGCCCUGUUCUCUGGAGGCAUGCUCGGGAAAGUGGCAUUUUUAUGUGGAUGACGGACGUGUCUGCUUUGCGGGCACAAUUUGAGAUUGUUGCGAGAAACGAAUACACAAGCAGCGAAACCAAGAGUCCUGUUGAUUGCAGCCUGUUUUACCUGGCUCUGAAGAAGAAGACCGUCCUCCAUGGUCUCUGGCGCAUGGCUGCUGGAAACAAGGAGCAGGCAGCGACGCAGCGCCUGUUGCUGAACAACUUUGAGGAGGAGAAAUGGAAGACAGUGGCGCAAAAGAAUGCAUACGCAUUGCUCGGCAAACGUCGUUUCCAAUACGCUGCGGCCUUUUUCCUUCUUGCUGGUAGGCUUGGCGACGCUGUUGAAGUCUGCCUCCGCCAAUUAAAGGACAUACAAUUAGCCAUCGCCAUUUCUCGUGUUUACGAGGGCGAUGGCGGCCCUACUUUGCGCAAACUACUGCAUGAUGAAGUUUUGCCGUUGGCGGCUCAGCAAGGGGAUAGGUGGCUGGCAUCGUGGGCUUUCUGGAUGUUAGGGCGCAAAGAUAUGGCUGUGCGGGCACUUAUAUUCGAUACAGACGCCAGUCUACACAUUGUUGGAGACUCCGAGCUCCCCGGAGUUUCGAUCACGACUGUUCUUAACAGAUGA